AUGCCUGACCAGAAGCCGACGAGCUUGAGAGUGCUGUCGCUCAAUUGCUGGGGCCUCAAAUACAUCGCCACCCUCCGCCACGAGCGAUUGACGGAAAUUGGCCGCCAGAUUGCCGCCGCCGAUCCGCGACCAGACAUUGUUGGGCUGCAGGAGUGUUGGACGCAGCAAGACUACGACGCCAUCCGCGAGCUCACCAAGGGCAUACUGCCAUAUGGCAAGUUCUAUUACAGCGGCUGCUUCGGUGGAGGGCUUGCCAUACUGUCACGAUGGCCGAUCGAGGAGAGCAACAUGGUGCGGUAUCCGCUGAACGGGCGACCUGCUGCCUUCUACCGCGGAGACUGGUUUGUGGGAAAGGGUGUUGCGUGCGCACGCAUACGCAUAGGACCGGCGCCCAAGGACGUUGCAGAGGUCUUCACCACGCAUCUCCACGCACCAUACGAAGCCGAGCCGCACGACUCGUACAUCUGCCACCGAACAGCCCAGGCGUGGGAGAUCGCAAAGCUCAUGCGGGCUGCCUCUGAGCGUGGACACCUGGUUAUUGGCAUGGGCGACUUCAACAUGAUACCAAUGUCACUGGCGCAUCGCAUCAUCGAGACGCAUGCGCCCGUUCGAGAUGUGUGGCGCAUCCUCCACCCCCACUCGUCUCACGGUGCAGCCAAGGACAAGGUCGAGCAGCUGCGUGGCCUGCCCAUGCCGAGUGCAGAGUUCAACGUCUCCGUAAACGGAACGACGUGCGACAGUGCAUUCAACUCUUGGAGAUGGAACGAGGCACACAAAAAGCGGCUGAAGAAGGGCGAGAACGUGCAGAUCGACCCUGCCGUCGACGACCCCAGCGCGAAGCGACUCGACUACAUAUUCUUCAGCAGCGCACGGCACCACGACCCCAAGACGGGCGAGGAGACGGCUGAGUGGGAGCUCAAGGAAGCAAAUGUCGGCAUGACAAUGCGCCAUCCUACGUUACACUGCUCGCUCAGUGACCACUUCUCCGUCGAGUGCACGUUGACGAGAAAACACAACGCCCACGCCGCGCACGCUUCAGACGUGGUCAAUCGAUACCUACCCAUCGAAACCUACGAGGAAAUCAUAGCCACCUUGGUCAAGUACAUGGAUCGGCAGCGGAUACAACGCAAGCUGCGUAUUGGACACUUCUUCUUCCAGCUCGCCCUCUGGACUGCAUGCAUGAUAGGAGUCUGGUGGUCGCCGCACAACUACGUAUCUUUUAUAUUGAUGCUUCUGAGCUCAAUAGGCCUGAGUGUCGGCGUCAUCGAUGGGCUGAUGGGUUUGCUGUUUGGUGGUAGCGAGAUGAGAGCGUUGAAGGAGUUUGAGUGGGAGGUGAGAAAUGCGAUGACCAGGGCGUUGGAAUUGGAAGGGAAAGGAAACGCGGAAGUUGUUGCGUAG